AUAACCUUUUUCAUGCUGCUCUCUGCAGUGUGUGUGAUGCUCAACUUGGCCGGGUCCAUUCUCUCCUGUCAGAACGCUCAGCUGGUGAGGUCCCUGGAAGGAUGUCAGUUGAUUAAAUUCGACAGUGAUGGUGUCUGUGUUUGCUGUGAAAUGCAGCAUCAAACAUCAGGCUGCAGUAACUUGGGAGAAACACUGAAACUGAACCCUCUGCAGGAAUGCAAUGCAGUGAGGCUGACCCUAAAGGACCUGUUGUUCAGUGUGUGCGCUCUCAAUAUCAUCUCCACCAUUGUCUGUGCUCUGGCAACAGCAAUGUGUUGCAUGCAGAUGGUUUCUUCUGAUCUUCUGCAAAUGUUUCUGCCACAGAGGCCACAUUCUGCCAAUCCUGACUGCAUGACUCCACAUGGAACUGUCCUGCACCAAACGCUGGAUUUUGAUGAGUUCAUCCCACCAAUCCCACCCCCACCCUACUACCCACCAGAAUACACCUGCACCCCCGUGGUGGAGGCACAGAGAGGUCUCCAUUUGGACUUCCCUCAUUCCCCAUUUGGUGCUUUGUAUGAAGUAACCAUUAAUAGCCCAGGAAUGCUGUAUCCAAGUGAGCUGCCCCCUCCUUACGAGGCAGUGAUUGGAGAGAUGCCUGCCAGYCAGGUCACUGGUGCUGCUCAGCAAGUGUCUGAAUCGAGCCUGGGGGAGAGGAACACGACCCCAGACUUCAGCACACAAGUUUCMGUUGAGAGCACCUCUUUGAUGGUCUCUGAGGCUGUUGAUAUCCCAGACCGUAGCUACUCCUCUGAAGAUCUUUGUUCACUGGAAGUUCAAGGAUCUCUCCACUCUGCAGACCUUUCUCCCUACUGUGUGACCCCCAAAGGGGCUGCAGAGCAGAGCUGCAGCACCCUGGAUUGCCACUGUCACUGCAGGUUUCACAGAACUCGCUCAGAGGGCUUUCCUGAUGAGGGGGACAGUUCCCACAGCCGAGCCUCUACAGAGAAGUCUCAAGGACAGGAAAAGAACUGUGCCCAUGGCAGGUCCUUGGACUGUUCCUCAGGGAAUUACAGCCCCUCAGAAAGAGAACUGCAGAGUUCUGCUCAGGAGAGCAGUGCCACGCUGCCUUUGAAGCAAAAGCAAACCUGCUGUGUGGACUUYAGCCAGCCUCCUGCCCCUUUCCAGACCUCUCCCUGUUUUGGGCCUGCAAAUAUUUCAUGGUGUGCAGGUGGCCACGAGGCUGCUGUCCCUCAGCAGCACAGUCCCAAACAGCCAGGCUCAAACAUUGUCCGCUCCAGCAGUGCCCCUGUGUCCUGUUCAUCUGCCACUGAAGGUGAUAAUUGUACCUGGACUCCUGUGUGCAGCCAGUGCCAAGAUGCAGGAUUAUCUCCAGCUACAGCAGAAACAGUUCCUGUUUCUGGUUCUCAUAUGGCUGCCUCUGCUUGCCAGCACUCUUUGAGCAGUGGAAAACAGAGGGAUACAAGGAGAAUUGACCUGCACCUAAAGCCAAAGGCUUUUCACAGAGUCUCAAAAGAGCGGCCACACUCCUUAGUGGACCUUAAGGCCUAUAAAGACACUAAAAUUUUAGUGGCAAAGUUUUUGGAACAUUCAAACUGUAAUCUCCCUCCAGAAGUWCGUCACGUAGUGAACAGCAUACGGUCAGUCAUUAAAUCUGAUGAGAGACACAUGGAAGAAGCCAUCUUCAGUGCCAAUAUCAUAGACCAGGUCAUUACAAGUUGCCAGCAGAACGUGCAGCCCUGCAGGAAGCGGCUGCGGGAGGAUCUGCACCUGCGGAGCUGCGGCGCUCUGAGCUCUGCGGCCGCUGCGGUGCGCAGGGUCCAACUAAYUGAUCUGUCCAAUUAA